AUGUCAAAGUUUUUACGAAAGACCUCAAGCUCAACCACUCCCUCUUCAUUUCUUCACCCUUCCUGUAUGACUCGUACCGAGUCUAGACUCAUUGUAUCCGGAAAACAAAAACAAGAAAAAGGCUCUAAAACCCCUCCCUUUCUUCCACUCCCCCAUAUGCGAACCAGACCAGACGACGCGACGACACCCAUCUCCUGCCAUACUUUCAUCUUCGACAUAGACACAAUCGUCGACUCCACUCCAGCUGACGAUUCCAUCACAGGUAAGAUUUUUGAUUUCCAUCACAGUGUCCAAAAUCCAUUAGCAUCUUCAAUUUACAACUUCUAUGUUCUUAUCGAGACAACCAGAAGCAAUGAAUCUAAUGACAAAGAGAAUGUUGAGGGUUUUCUUGUGGAUGCAAUCAAAAGUGGUUUAGUAAGUGAUGGAGCCAUAUCACAGGAUUUGAAUCAAGCAUCAUCAUUUGGGCAAAUUCGUGAGGGAAUUCCAGAAGCAUUGCAGAAAGCUGGAGUUGUAUAUAAAUAUGAUCUGUCAAUUCCAGUUAAGAAAAUAAAAACAGGUGGUAAAGCAAAUGUAGUGGGAUAUGGUCACCUUGGAGAUGGAAACCUUCAUUUGAAUGUGUCGGCUCCACAGUAUGAUGAUGUUAUUUUGGCUGAAACUAAACCAUUUGUGUAUGAAUGGACGUCAAAGCAGCAUGGGAGUAUUAGUGCUGAACAUGGAUUAGGUCUUAUGAAAGCUGAAAAGAUUUACUAUAGCAAGUCAACUGCAACUGAUUAUGAUCCUUAUGUUAGAAAGAUAGCAGUUAUAUGUGUUGCUAAACUUUAUGACAUUAAUGACAAGUUAGUUGAAGACAGGGGUAUUCUGGUCUUGUUGAUGUGUUUAGUGUCAAGUAAAGUUGUUGUGAAGGUCGGCAACAAGUUCUUGUAG